CGGCGAUGCACCUCCUCCUCUCUGCCGGCCUGCUGCUCGGCCUGGCGCGGCCGGCGGCGAAACAACGCCUCGCAGGCCUGUUCGGCGCCGACGCAGACCCGGUCCUCGCCUGCCCGCGCGACGGCUCGGCCCUCUUCCCCGAGCGCGCCAUCUACGGCCGGACGAGGCGAGAGGCGCGGGUCAGUGCCGGCGGCGUGCGGUACCCGGUCGCGGACGGCGAGUACGUCGACCUGCUCGCGAGCUCGGGGCGCGGCGACGGCGACGGCAUCACGCCGGGCCGACUGGCGGAGGAGGUUCGCGAGGCGUUUGCGACGCGGACGCAGACGCAGAUGUUCCGCACUCCGGUGCUCGGCUUCCUGUACGAGCGCGGGUGGCGGCAGCAGUUUCGGGCGGCGGGCUUCCCGGGCAUCGAGAAGGAGUACGACGAGGUGAGCGCCUUCUUCGAGCCCGUCGCCGCGCAAGGACGCGGCGUCGUCGUUGACAUGUCAUGCGGAUCGGGGCUGAUGUACCGCCGGCUGCUGGCUGGUCGGAUCGGUGGCAGCGGCAGGACGUUGGCGUGCGACUACUCGGAGGUGAUGCUCAAGGAGACGAGACGCCGCGCCCUCGAGCAGGGACUCGCCCCCGCCGCGCUCGAGCUGCUCCGCUGUGACGUCGCGCAACUGCCGAUGCGAGACGGAGCCGUCGACGCUAUGCACGCCGGCGCGGCGCUUCACUCGUGGCCCAACCUGGAGAAGGGGCUGUCGGAGAUCCGCCGGGUGCUCCGGCCCGACGGCGGCCGGUUCUUCGCCACCACUUUCCUGCGCGGCGCGUACCCCGGCACGACGAGCGCAACCCCCGGCCAGAGUGGAGGCGGCGGCGGCAGCUUCCGCUUCUUCGAGUCGGAGGAGGAGUUGCGGCAGCUGCUGAUCGCCGCCGGGUUCCCGCCAGACGGCGUCAGCGUGCGGCGCGAGGGGCGCGGCUGCGCGAUCGUCAAGGCCGUCCUCGGAGGCGCCGCUGCCGGCGGCGGCAGCACCGCCGCCGCAGCAGCGCCCCGUGCCGCAGUUGCGGGCGUGGCGGCGGCAGGGAUGGUGGCGGCCGCCGCCGCACCGCCAUCGACCGCCGCCGCCGCCAGGCCGCCCUCCGCCUCUGCUGCCGCCUCCCCGGCCCCGCUUUCCGCGAGCGGCGGCGCAGCUGCUGCCGAGGCGGCUGGUGGGGACGGGCGGAGUGGCGUGGUCGGCGGCGCGGGCGGCGCGGGCGGCGCGCGCGACCGCCGCCGCGACGGCGCAGGUGCGGGCGAGGCGUCGGGCAAGGCGGCGCUGGAGGCGACGAUUGCGCAGGAGGAGGAGGAGAUGAUAGAGGAGCUUCUCGACGACCAGGGCAUCCAAGACUACAUGUGGUCUGACUGAGGCCGGUGUGGGACCGCCAUGGGCAUGGAGAUGUAGGUCCAGAACCCGGCGUCGCGGACACAACACAACGACUAGAGUCGAACAUAGUUACCAGUGGUCCGACUGAGGGGAGUGAGGGGCGGAGGCGGCGGGCGGGGCGUGCUCCCUCUCGGGUCGAGCCUUCCUUGGUUGUGAGGGAGGUGCCCGCGCGCACUUUUUCGAACACCUUUUGGGCAUG